AUUUUGUGUAUAAAUAAAUAAACACGCUGUGAAUUUGUUACAUUCGUUCGUCAAGGCCAUUUAUGAUAAGUCUGAUAAGGUUUUACGCUGCAAAACAUGAGAUUGACGAAAAUAUUGAGGACAAUACACACGACAAUGAAAAGUGCAUUACGAUUGAAAGAGCAGGAGUAUUCGAUAAAAGCGCCAUGGGGGAAUAUCGCUGCCUUAGCAUGGGGGGACCCCUCAAAUCCACCAGUGAUCCUCUGCCACGGGAAACUCGAUGCAAGCUCUGGUUUCCGACCCCUCGUCUCCAGACUACCAACCUGCUUCUUCUACCUCAGCAUUGACCUUCCAGGGAACGGGAAGUCAGAUCAUUUGCCGAAAGGAGUCCGGUAUACCGUCGUGGACCUGGUACCGACUAUUGUAAAGGUUAAGGAUCACUUUAAGUGGGACAAAUUUAUCUACAUUGGACAUUCUCUUGGAGUUCCUAUUGGCAAAAUCUUCAACAUAGCCUACCCAGGCCACAUCACGCGUGUGGUCGAGCUGGACCCAGUACCAGCGCACCACACGUGGCCAUUCACCAGACAAGGCCUACACGACUGGUACCACUCAUACUAUCUGAUGUACAAUGAUGAGAGGUUCCACAAAUUCAACAGUGGGCUCGAUACUGCGCCGAAGUAUAGUUAUGAAAAGGCACAACAGCUGAUGAUGCAGACGCGAGGUUUGUCUAAGGAGGCGACGGAACACGUCCUGGAGCGCUGCCUGGUGCCCGCAGGAGACGGGCUAUACAGAUUUACCUUCGACCAACGCAUGAAAGAAGUAUCAGUGUUCCCGUUUUCCGGAGAUAUGUUGAGACAAAUCUAUACUACUACAACAACUCCUACAUUUUGUGUGAUAGCAAAGAAAAUGAUAGAGUUAGGCGUCUACGAACCAGUCCCAUUCAUCAUGGAUGAAAAGGCUUGGCCUCACGGUAAUUACAAGUAUAAAAUCGUAGAAGGCGGCCAUGACGUACACAUAGACAAUCCAGAGUAUAUGGCGGAUGACAUUUCAAACUUUAUUUUAGAAGGCGCGAAGGCGAAAUUGUGAUAUUUUUCGUAUUGGUCCUACUUUUGUAUUAUUUAUUAAAUUAAAUGUUUAAUUUUUUCUA